AUGGCGACCAACGGCGAUGCCUUGGCCGCUGCCGUCAAUGGCACCAACGGCACUACCAACGGCACCACCAAGCCACACCUCCUCUUCUGCGCCCUCCCGGGUCCCGGACACACCCUACCUAUCCUUCAGAUCGCCGAGGAAAUGGCCGCACGGGGCUACUCCGUCAGCUUCCUCGGCGGCAAGGAGUUCUUCCCCAAGAUCGAGAAGAUCGGCGCCGAGCCCAUCGAAGCCGCUCCCUUCUUCUCCAUGGACCUGUUCAAGAUCCGCGUCGCCGUGCCAGAGGGCUUCCUCAAGCUGAUCUUCGACAUCGAGAAGGUCUUCAUGGCCUACAUCCCCACCGCCUUCCAGCAGCUCAAAGACGCCCUCGAGAUGCUGCGCCGCCGCUACCCGGACCGCGAGGUCGUCGUCGUCCACGAGUCGUACUACUUCGGCGCCCUCCCCUUCAUGCACGGCGCCCCGCUCCCGGAAGGCUUCGACAAGUUCCCCCGCACCCUCAACAUCCACAUCGGCCCCGUCUGGACCACCAGCAAGGACACCGCCCCCUUCGGCCCGGGCCUGCACCCGGACUCCACCCCGUCGGGCCAGGACCGCAACCGCCUCCUCAACGACCUCAUGUACGGGCCCGACAUGCUCUUCAAGUCCGCCACCGAGACCCUGGCCACCGUCAUGACCGACGCCGGCGUCCCCGACUUUCCCGUCCGGACCCUCAACUUCCUCGACGCCGUCAUGCAGAGCUACGACGUCACCCUGCAGCUCAGCGCCCCGAGCCUCGAGUACCACCGCUCCGACCUGCACCACUCCAUCAAGUUCGCCGGUUGGCCGCCCGAGAAGCCCAUCAGCACCGGCUUCGACUACCCGGAGUGGUGGGCCGAGGUCGUCCGCGGCGACAAGAAGGUCAUCGCCGUGUCGCAGGGCACCGUCGCCACCGAGUACGUCAACCUCCUCAUCCCGGCCAUCCAGGGGCUCGCCCACCGCGAUGAUGUGCUUGUCAUCGCCCUGCUGGGCUCCCGCGGCCGCACCCUCGAGGACGUCCCCAUCCCCGCCAACACCCGCGUCGUCGACUACUUCUCCUACGACGUGCUCCUCAAGAAGGCCGAUGUGUGGAUCAUGAACGCCGGCUGGGGUGGAUUCCAGCAGGGCGUCGUCAACGGCGUCCCCAUGGUGUUGGCUGGCAAUACGGAGGACAAGCCUGAGGUUGCGGCCCGGGCUGCGUACAGCGGCGUCGCUAUUGAUCUCAAGACGGGCAAGGCCACGCCUGAGGCCAUUGCCGCCGCUGUGGGCGAGAUUCUCGCGAAUGACAAGUACAAGAAGCGCAUUAUGGAGAUCAAGGCCGAGACCGAGGCGCUGCCGACCUAUGAUAUUAUCGAGGAGCACAUCAUCAAGGCGUGA